CUUGAUUAUAAAAUGCUUCAUGCAUGCAUAUGGGCACCUUAAUUGUAUAUUGUAGUAAGCACACCAUGCAAAGUAUGUCUUUGCAUUUGUGUUUUGUACUGUUGAUUUUCUGUCAAUGUCUGUCUAGUGUAUGUGGCAGCCAUGACAUGUCUAAAACUGCCUCAUCUAUCUCUUAAUGAGAUUAUGUAGUGCCUGUUAGGAGUAAGAAGAGAGGUAGAGAGCAAGAAAUCACAGUAAAUGUCAUGGUAAGCGUUUGUCUUUAUCUACUAUACUUUGUUUUGUGGUUGUUACCUUGAGUGGAGCAGUAAAUCUGUUGUCCAAUCCAGUUAUUGUGGUUUGAAGGAAUUUAUGUAAUGUUGGAGGGCUUUUGUUCAUGGAGGACAAUAUGUAGACAGAAUUCAUAGCUCUUUGUUGAAACCUUGAUUUUUACAGUUUUUUGCCUCACCAUGGUGAUGGAGGAGUAAGAAUACACUUUAAUUGAGCUUUACAUUUUGAAUUUUAUAGUUUUAGACUAAAAUCUCAGUUCUUAAGCAUUUUUUGACUUGGAGUUAAUAUGCAGAUGAUUUGUUGAUUAGAUUUUCAUUAACUCAGUUUGUGAGGUAAAUGUACAUCUAAUCCAUUCAUUACUAUAUUCUGGGACCCAGGAAAAAAAAGUUUUUUUGAAUUUAGUAUUUUUUCGUGUCAUUGCAGUGGACACCAGGACUAAGUUGUUUAAAAAAAUAAAAUGACAUGUAUAGGCAAAAACAAUGGGAUUUUUUUAAAUUCACCAAUCAAUUUUUAGGCUUCAGGAUUUUUUUAACCAAACUUUAAAGAUGAUUCUCAACUAUGUUAUGAAAGAUAAUGGAAUUAAUUAAUAUACCAUUUUACUUUGUGCAAUAUGUGGGUAAAAUAGCCAUACAUGGGUUUUCCCAUUCAAUACAAUGCAUCUAUACAUUGUAUCUAAUUUGCAUAUUAAUGUGUUCUUGGGGCAACGCAAUGAAAAAAAAAAGUGUAAUAAUGGGAGUAAUAAUUGGCAACAUUUUCAUGAUAAUAUCUAAUAAUUAAUGGGAAUAUUGAUAUAUAAUUUAUUUCGCUAUUCACUUGUGUCUCCCAACAUGCCUGAUAAACAUGAUUUAAGUCCUGAUGUCCUCUACAAUGGACAUGUAUAAAAUCGAUGUCCUGUUUUGUAACAAAGAUUCAUAUUUUGAUUAGAAACCCCAUAAUAUUUUCCUGAGAUGUUGAUUUAUAACAAACAAAUUGAUCCGAUUUAAAUAAUUACAAAUCUUAUAUUUCCAGUCAUAUUUAAAGACCAAUGAAAAGUUGUCAUGGUGAAACCUCCAAAAAUUUGGUAUCUCUGCAAAGCCCUGAAUGUGCUCUUUACAGGACUCCUGAGUUAAAACUGUGACAUGUAUGAUGUCAGAGAAAAUCACUAAAAUAUAAUGUCCACUACAGAGGACAAAAGUCUAUUCCUGGGUCACAGGAGGAUGUUUUAUAGUAUUUUUAACUACAUUACAAUUCAUAAAUGGUCAGGCCUGUGAAGACCAGCAAGUGCUGACCAACAACCAAACAGAGAACAGUGAGAAUGACUCUGAGGAAGGUAACACUUCAACAAAACCAUUUAUUCACAAUACAUCCUGCUUUUUCUUAAUUAUUAACUUUUAAGUGACUUUCUUUCUCUUCGGAAGGGUCUAGACACGAGAACCGCAUUUACUUAGAAGGGCCGUCUGUUACUGAGAGGCUGGGUCCUAACAGUGUUGACAUGACAGAAGAGGAACUGGAGGCUGCUUUCUCUCGGCUGUCUCUGGCCUUUCGCUGUGACCAGUUCACUCUGUGUCAAAGGCUGGAGACGGAGGAACACGCUCGGGACAAUGCUGAGGACAACCUCAAACUGGAAGUGGAAAGAGGCAUGGAAAUAAUUGAGACACUCAAGGGAAUGUGUUUAGAUAUCAAACGGGCCGGGCUCCUCCAGCGUCUUGAACUGUGUCUUAACAUUAUCGGGGGCACCAUCGGACGAAUCUCCAACACAGCAGAGGUUCUUGGGGCAGUGCAUCAGGAGGCUAAAGUGAGCCAUGCAGUGGAACUGAUGGUGGCUCAUGUGGAGAACCUAAAGCACCGCCACGAGAGGAACAGCGUUGAAUUGGAGGAAAUGAAGAAACAAAUGGAGAAAAGCAGCAGAGAGCGAUAUGUCUGUGAGCAGAGGGUGUUUAUGUGUAUUACUGCAGAGGAAAUUGACGCUAUUGAUAAGCCAGAAAAAGACUCACAGAAGCCACAUUUACGGCGUAGAAUCAGUACAAAUGUCAUCACAAAGCAAAUCCAGAGACAAAAAGCAGUGGAGUCAGAAGCUAUAUUAUCUUCAGUGUGCAAUGAGAUCAGUGACAGAGACAGAGAAUCAAACACAAAGAAACCAGACCACAUAGAAGACUGCCUUCUAGUGGACAGAGGGCAAACAGUACCUCGAGAGGACAGUCCCUCACAAACUGCCAUGGUGAAUGACCCUGAGGAGACAUCCUCUGCCCAAAUUCUUCCCAACCAGACUCCGAGACUUGAGCAGGACCCCCUCUAUGUAAAAAAAAACACAAGUUCACUGGCAGUGUUACCUCAUCAAAGGCUGAGGAGUAAGGCGGCCCUGGAGCACAGUCAUGCCUGGCUCAAGAGAUCUGAGCGCUACCUCAGAGACUGUGAUAGAUGUGUCAUUAGCUUACAGCGCCCCCUGAUGCAAUGGAUGUAUCACUGCCGCUGGAUAAUCUUGGCUAUCUACCUCACUGUUCUUUGCUCAAUCAUAAUAUUAGCCAUAUUAGUGUGGCUGCUGCAAACACCUGUCUUAUGGAUGUGAAAAAAUUAUAAUAAAUAUCUAUAGAAAUUGAAAUGGGAUGAAUCUGUAAAAAGUGCUGUUGAUAGCUUUCGGUUACUGUUUGGUAGAUGUUUUAGGGAAAACUGUUACAUGUAUAGUUUGGAAAUUGUCUCAGAAUAAAAAUCUUGCACUAGCACUUAUGUC